AUGGGCAGAAGAAAGAUCGCCAUUGAACCGAUUCUCGAUGAGCGGAACCGCGGCGUCACUUUCAUAAAACGUAAAGCGGGCCUGUUCAAGAAAGCGCACGAGCUGGCCGUGCUGUGCCAAGUAGACGUUGCUCUGAUCAUUUUGGGUACAAACAAUACGUUUUACGAGUUUUCGUCUGUGGACACCGCCGAUCUCAUCAAGCACUAUCAGAACGAUGCACUCUCCCACGACGUGAAAGGUCCUGCCGACUACGGCAACUUUAAGAAGAAAGACAAAGUGGUAUUACACGACACGGGACGUCGGCGGAGUAACACGGCAGCCGCCGCAGUGAACCGCGCCCAUUCCCUUUCGGAUUUCAAGCAAGAUGACGAGGGCGACCCCGACGACGAAGAAGACGACGAUUCAGGGAACGACAAUGACGAAGUCGAGCGGAACGUUAAGAGGCCGCGUAGCCAGAAUUCUCCGCAGUUCAACCCGCUCCAACAACAAGUACAACGGCAGUUCCACAACCUGUAUGCGGUCGCGUCUCACCAGGACCAUCGGAUCCCGCAAAGCACACCGGCGCUGACGGUCUCGCAGCGGGCCCUUUCGCAUACAGGUGGUAGCUCCAAUGUUUACGCGCGCAGCGCGUCAAAUGCUGGUGGCCGUUCUUCUUCUAUCCCGGCCUCCAUCGAAGCCGGCGACCGUUCUACACUGACCGCUAACCAAUCAACGGCACAGUCCAGUGCAUCUAGGGGCCCCCGCAGUGUACAAAGCACCAGCGCAUUGCAUAACUCUACCCCAUCUACACCGCUCACGGCACAACAGGAGCUUGGGUCUGGGCGAAACCCCAGUGCUCGUCCCGUGCUGCGGGUCCAAAUCCCAUCCACAUCGGGCACUUCCAUCAAAAGCGAACCGUCGUCCGGAUCUCCGAUCGGUAACGUGGUCUCGGCUGGUGCCUCUGGCUCUCAAUUUCAACGAAGUAAUGGCGGCCGCAUUGAACUGCCGCGGCCGUCUAGAUCAAAGAAUGGAACCCCUUCGUCGGCCCAUGCUUCUCCUUUGUACCCGUCUCAUCCCGCUGCUUAUGAAAAAAAUGACAAGUCAGGUCAAUUGGGGCAUCCGCUUACCACGAGUGUUGCACCCUCUGGAGUUCACAACCCCGCCAAUGGUUUUCUCUUCAAUGGUCUGCCCUCGGCGAUAGCAGCUUCUCCAUCUAUACAGCAGUAUUUUGCUACACCUAUACAGCCGACACCGCAAGGCAUGGGCCCAGGCUCCGGCGGGCACGGACUCAAUCCGGCCGCAGGCAGUGGAGGGCCCCUGCCGCCGGCAUUCUCGAUGCACAGACAGCUGCAUAAUCUGCAGCAUCAAAGUCAGGUGCAGCAACUGGGUCAGUCCACAGGCGCAAAUCAUGUCGAGGGCGGUAUUGCAGGUGCAGGCACAGGAUCUUUACCUUCGAAAUUCGCACAGGACUUGGUCGUUCCGUCCCCGGGAGUCUCGAUGGGUAUGCUGCAUGAUUGGUCCUUUUCACGCCUGAGCACUUCACAGGCGCCCGGUGGUCAGUCCGCCAACAACGGCUCUGGAAUCGGCGAUACCACCAACCCCAAUCCCGCGGGCCAGUCUAUGAACAAUGGGAAUUCUGGAUUCACGCCCUACAUCACGGUCAAUCAAACACCGCUAUCGAGUAGAUAUUUCAAUUUCGGUGACAUGAGCGAUACCAAUAAGGAUAAAAAAACUAAGGCUCGCGCCUGUUUAACGAACUGUCUCAAAAAACUCUAUCGGAACUUCGCUUGUCAGGGAAACCAGAACCGAAGUCGGCUUCUGGGACUCGCGAAUUCCUCAUACCUCGUACGACUCGCACACUCCUCUGCUCUUCAAGAGAAUCUGCGUGCGGCGAACACUGUUGAGACAUAUUCGGCACUGUUUGUCACAUCAUCGUAG